AAUGUACUACAUUUAAUAAAUAAAUUAUUUAGUUGUGUUGCAGACAGGUUUAAUGUCGGAAAAGGCACUGCAUGGAGAAGUGUGCGAAGAGUUGUUAACGCAUUAUAUGCAAAAGUUGGAACAUUUAUUAAAUGGCCGAGUAGACAAGAAGCUAUACAAAUAAUAGAAAUUAUAGAACAUCGUUACGGUUUUCCAGAUGUAAUUGGUGCAGUAGAUGGCACACACAUAAAAAUUACUGCGCCAAAAUGUAACAGUGAAUUAUACGUGAAUAGAAAGGGAUUCCAUUCUAUUCAAUUACAAGUUAUUUGUGAUGAACAACUACGUUUUAUUCAUUGUUACACGGGACAAGUUGGAUCCGUGCACGACAUGCGUGUUUUUCGAUUGUCAAAUGUCAAAAGCAUGUUUAGAAAUGAAAAUUUUCCUAAUGACAGUCACUUACUAGGUGAUGCAGCAUAUUGUCUUUCUAAACAUGUUAUGGUUCCAUUCAAAGACAACGGUCACUUAACUGAAAGACAAAUUAAUUUUAAUAAACGUUUGUCUGCUGCAAGAAUGAUUGUAGAACGAUCAUUAGCUUUGUUAAAAGGUCGAUUUCGGAGUAUUUUGGAUACUCUUCCUAUGCAAAGAACAGAUUUAAUCCCGAAAUACAUUGUAGCUUGUUGUAUUCUCCACAAUAUCUGUUUAUUAAAAAAUGAUUUCGUAGAUAUUCCCAUUAUUAUUAAUGAACAAAACGUUGCACAACCAGAGUUAGCAAACGAUGAUGGGCAAAGAGAAGGCCAGGAUAAGAGAAACGCUAUUAUGUAUUUAUUACAAAAUAAUUGUCAAUAAAAAAUAUAAAGAAAAAUUAUUUAUUUUUGUAU